UAAACAAAGAAACCAAAGAAGAGAAAAUGCAGAGAACGGGAGAUUGACACCAACAUGGUGUUACAGCAGGUAUUACCAGAUAAGAGCUGGACUGAAGAUCCCAUCCAGAAUUCCCCACAGGCUGUUUGCUACGAUUGCAGGACAGACAGGUGAUUCCAGCCUUUGCUCAGCCUGCGUUCAUGAAAACAACGUUUACAGCAGAAUAUUUCAGAUUUUGUACAGAAAUGAAGAGAUCAUUCUUAAUGAAUCAAUGAACUUCAGAGUGCACCUGCUUCUGGAUGGCGAAAGGGUGGAAGAUGCUUUGAAUGAGGCAGAUUUUCAGCUCAAGCUGGACCUGCACUUUACUGAUAGUGAACAACAGCUGAGGGAUGUUCCAGCGAUCCCUGUGAUCAGCAGCCGAACACUGUGUCUCCACUUCCACCCCCGGCGAGGUCUGCACCACCAUGUCCCUGUCAUGUUUGACUAUUUCCACCUGUCAGUGAUCUCUGUCACAGUCCACGCGUCCCUGGUGGCACUACACCAGCCUCUGAUCAGUUUCGCUCGUCCAGGGAAAGGUUCUUGGCUUGGUAAAGGCAACCUGGAAGCGGGACCAGACCAGUCCAGUAUGUCUUUAGAAAAUCUAGUGUUUGGAGCUGGCUACUGCAAACCCACUUCUUCAGAGGGCAGCUUUUAUGUCCCAUCUGAAAACUGCAUGCAGCAUGCAUACAAAUGGCAUAAGGACCUCUGUCUUCUGCUCCUGAAUGCUCAAAGAGGACUUCACACGUACUACACCCUCAUAAUGAAUGAGAUUCCUGAUUUACCACAGCUGAAGUUGGAGGAGCUAUCUGUGGAAGAGACGUUGUCCCAGCUUUGUAUGGAGCUGCAGCUGCUGAGCAAUCCAGAAAAGAUAGCAGAACAGAUAAGCAAGGACCUUGCCUGGCUUUGUUCUCACCUCCUGGCCCUGUGGACCCAGUUCCUAGAGGUGGCAACGCUCCAUCCAGAAGUCACAGCUUAUCUGACUCAGGAACAUCACAUGCUAAGGGUGAGGAGAUUCUCAGAAGCCUUCUUCUACACUGAGCACCAGAAACCUGCUGUGCUCACAUUCCAGGAAGGCCUGAUCCAAAGCCACGCACAGAUUUCUACAGAAAUUCGUAACUCAGAGUAUUUCACCAGCAUGCCCCCACUGCCGGCAGAAUGCCUCGACAUCGACGGGGACUGGAACACUCUCCCAGUUAUCUUUGAAGACAGGUACAUGGAUAUGCCUUGCAAAGAUCAGAAUUUGGAAGUUUUCUCAGAUUUUGAGGUUCCUGCAAAUACUCAAAUGGAUGUAAUAAAUGAAAAUGAAGACUGUGUAUCAAAUGAUGCCACUGCAGUAAUGAAAGGAGACUUUGGGAAAGGUAUUCCACUAAUACAUGACAGGAUAAACAGGAAUCCCUCAUGCUUAUACAGCAGUACUGAAGGUGCUGCUGAGGGUUUAAACCAGCACUCCACAUCUCAGGUAUAUACAGCGAACAAAGAAGGCCAAAGGAAAUCUGAAAAUAUUUUUGUUUCAAGAAGGGAAACUGUUUCUGACUCAGAGUCAGGCAAUACAGAACACAUGUCAGGAGACUUUGAAACACCCAAGGAAGUUUUAUUAAAAGAUAAUAGACUUGGGGCAGAUGUUACUUGUGGAGACACAAAACCUAGCAAUAAGGACUCUCACAAAAGUGAGCCUGUGUUAAUUGUCAGUGGUCAGUAUGAGUGUGGAGCAUGUGGAACUGAUGGCUCAGAAGACAGGACUGAAAUACAUGAAAUAGAUGAAUCUGGUCAUCCUGAGAAUAAUUUCACUUCAUCUGAGCUUGCACUGAAUGAUUUGACCAGUCUUGAAAAACCAGAAGAUCCUGACACCAAGACUCAUCUCCCUGUUUUGAAACCUUUGCCCUCACACUGCUUUGAAGCAAAAUUGCUCACAAAGGAGCAACGAAGUGAGGAGAGUGAAGAGUUUACCCUCAUGACAGGGGUCAUUAAAAGAUCUUCCUCUAUAAUAUCUGAUUCAGGCAUUGAAAGUGAACCAAGCUCAGUGGCGUGGUCUGAUGCUCGGAGUCGGGCGCUGGAGCUGCCCAGUGAUCGAGAGAUCCUGCACCCCUUGGUCCGGAGGCACGCCAUCCACCGGAACUCCCUGGAGGGCGGACACACGGAAAGCAACACCAGCUUGCCCAGUGGGAUCCAAGCAUCGCUCACAUCCAUCAGCUCUUUGCCUUUUGAGGAAGAGGAGCGGGAAGUGGAGCUCACCAAACUGACAAAAUCUGUCUCAGCUCCUCAGAUCAGUAGCCCAGAAGAGCCCACGGAGGAGGUGGAUAUAUCCAAACAUGGUGAGGCAACCUCAGGAGACCAAAACCCAAAAAGCUGCAUGGAAACAGAGGGUGAAGAUGGGAAAUUAAUCAUUGACUCUUCUGAGUGUCAAAUCACCACUGAAAGUGGACAAAUAGAGCCAAGACAACAUCCCGAACUCCCCCUCAAACACAGUAGCAAUAACACUGAGUUACAAGGGGAGGAGAAAGGUUUUCCAGAGACUUGCUGUAGUUUGGAAAAUGCAAGACAACCCCUUUGUCCAAAGCAGCUCCAAGAUAAUGUCUCUGAGAGCCAGUCACUGGAGAGCAAUGGUGAGUGCAGCUUAAAAACACCAAGGGCUUGUAAUUACUUGGACCAAAAUAUAGAUAAGUUCGAUACAUUCAUUGAGGAUCCAAAGGAUAAACUUAAACUGGACAAAUUAAAAAUACAACAGGGCUUCUGCAGUAGCAGAAUUUCAGGAGAGGAGAGUUUCUCUCAAAGUGUAAAGGUGGUACCAGAUUUGUGCUAUCCCAUUACAGCUCCAUCAGAGACCUCCACUGAAUUUGACUCACUGCAAGGAGAGUAUGGCAGCUCUCUUGCUGAUGAGAGCCCAGCAGUGUGUGCAGAAAUGCAGGUGUUACAAGAAAUAGAGCUCAAUGACUCACCUGCCCCAGCAGACCCUGCAACAGGGUCCUACCAGGCUGAACAUCCUCAGGAACCCAACAGCCAAGAGCAUAAACUUGUAGCGAACGGCACCGGGUUUCCUUUGGCAGUGACGGAGGGAGUAGCCCUGGAAAGCAGAAAGGCUGCUGAUGUGGUUAACCUGUCAGUCUCUUGCACAGCCACGUGUCUUCCCUUCUCUUCCGUGCUCAAAGAGACCCCUGCCAUGGUCGGCUUCUCUGCAAAGCAGGCUGUGAUCCCCAUCACGCGCCAGCCCCUGGGCUCCUUCGGAGUUGUCUCUUCUAAUUCUGAUGAGGUGGAUGAAGAGACGAACGAAAGAAUGCUGAAUUUUUAUCAGGCCAAAGAAAAAUUUAAAAAAGAAAUGAAGAUUGAAGGAUUUCUGUACAGUGACUUAUCUGUACUAGCUUCUGAUAUCCCGUAUUUUCCACCAGAGGAAGAGGAAGAAAAUUUAGAAGAUGGAAUUCACCUGGUUGUGUGUGUCCAUGGGUUGGAUGGUAACAGUGCAGAUCUGCGCCUGGUAAAGACUUUUAUAGAAUUGGGACUUCCUGGUGGAAAACUGGACUUCCUAAUGUCUGAAAGAAAUCAGACUGAUACUUUUGCUGAUUUUGAUACAAUGACUGACCGAUUAUUGGAUGAAAUUAUUCAGCAUAUCCAGUUGUACAACCUCUCCAUAUCCCGAAUAAGUUUUAUUGGACAUUCCCUUGGUAACGUCAUCAUUCGAUCUGUACUAACUCGGCCCAGGUUUCGCUAUUACCUCAACAAGUUACACACUUUCCUGUCCCUCUCUGGCCCUCACCUGGGAACCCUUUACAACAACAGCACUUUGGUUAGUACAGGUCUGUGGCUCAUGCAGAAGUUGAAAAAGUCAGGGUCUCUUUUGCAACUGACCUUCAGGGACAACGCGGAUCUGCGCAAGUGUUUCCUCUAUCAGCUCAGCCAAAAAACGGGUCUUCAGUACUUUAAAAAUGUUGUGUUAGUGGCCUCACCCCAAGACAGAUAUGUACCCUUCCAUUCAGCAAGAAUAGAAAUGUGCAAAAAUGCACUUAAGGACAGACACACAGGUCCUGUUUACGCAGAGAUGAUUAACAACCUGCUCCAGCCUUUGAUUGGGGCAAAGGACUGCACUUUGAUCCGACACAAUGUGUUCCAUGCCCUGCCGAACACGGCCAACACGUUGAUAGGCCGGGCUGCCCACAUUGCCGUGCUGGACUCUGAACUUUUCCUGGAGAAGUUUUUCCUCGUGGCAGGACUCAGCUACUUCAAAUAGUGCCUGAAGUACGGGGUAGCAGAGGCCAACCUUUUCACAGAACAGAGGAGAAUCCCUUAGCCAAAGGAGUGCAGUGUUAGAAAUGAGAUCAGGUGGGACUUUCAAACUUUCCAUUUCCAUUUCUCUUUCAGAGAAUAAAGUGCUAUGGCUUUAAGGCAUUCAAGCUUCCAAGUAUUGGUGCUUUUGGAAGAAAUAAAUAUUCCUCUUCGGUUUCUAUGUUCUUUGUCCACAUAAAGACAUGAGCCACUUCUGGACUACAGAAUCAGAAUAAGCAGGCUAAUUCUCCAAAUGUGUUUGGACCAAUAUAAUUCCUGUUUCUCCUGAAUAUUAAACCAGGAAUUUGUCUGUC